UCAACCUAUUCACAUUUUCGGCGGCGCCUGCGAAAAGGCCUGCCCCAACGGCCCUUAAUUGCCGCGACAGGUCGCUGCCAAAGCGGCUAACUUCUCCUUACCUGAAUUCACGUGUUAGUCGUUACUCCGCCGCUCCCAAACCAGCGGCGCUUGACACCGAGCUACACUCUGAACCCAGCGGCGCGGGACACCGAGCAACCCUCCGAACCGCACCACCGAAUACUAUUCGGCCCUCAAAUCCCGUCUUUCCGACCAUUCUCCCUUCAUAUCAACCCCUACUCCCCCAUUUCCCUCCAUUCCGAAUCCCAAUGGCCUCUCUACACCAGCCUAACAACUCUUCCAUGUCUCCAUUCAAGAUCUUCAUCGGCUACGACCCCUGCGAAGAGGCCGCCUACAACGUAUGCCGCCACACUCUCCUCAAGCAUUCCUCCAUCCCCCUCCUCAUCUCACCCAUCAAACAAGCCGAUCUCCGCUCCUCCAAUCUGUACUCGCGCCACCGCGACGCCACCGAAAGCACCGAGUUCUCUUUCACCCGAUUCCUCACUCCUUAUCUCGCCGGCUACCACGGAUGGGCCUUGUUCGUCGACUGCGAUUUUCUAUACACCGCCGAUGUGGCCGAUCUCGUCGCUCUAAUCGACGAUCGCUUCGCCGUGAUGUGUGUGCACCAUGAUUAUGCUCCUAAGGAGACCACUAAGAUGGACGGCGCUGUCCAGACGGUCUAUCCGCGGAAGAACUGGUCUUCUAUGGUUCUUUACAAUUGCGGUCAUCGGAAGAAUCGGAUUCUGACGCCGGAGAUUGUGAGUUCAGAAACAGGGGCGUUUCUUCACCGGUUCCGGUGGCUUGAGGAUGAGGAGAUUGGAUCCGUGCCUUUUGUUUGGAAUUUUCUUGUUGGGCACAAUCGAGUGGUGGAGAAUGAUCCCAGUACCUUCCCGAAGGCGAUUCAUUAUACAAUGGGUGGCCCUUGGUUUGAGAAAUAUAAGGAUUGUGAGUUUGCUGAUUUGUGGCUGAACGAGUUGGAGGAAUGCGAGAAGGAGAAGAAGGGCCAGGAUUGAUUGGUAGAGUUUUCUUGUUCCUUUGGUGCUGAACUGAUGUUUCUUUUGUUUC